UUAAACGGAGGCAGGCAGUCAGCAGAAAAGUCUUCCCUCCUGUCGAUUGCUAAACAUCCCAAUUUGCUCGGAUUACCCGGUUAGAAUAUCACUGCAAUGAAUCUGAAUCCUUUUGAUAGGCUAGAAAGGUAUGAAAGGUAGAGAAAAUUUCAGCACUGUCAACCAAUAAAUCAUUAAGUACAGUUGUGAAAGUGAAAGUUUGACGACUCUGGGAAGCCAUUUUCAUGGAUCAGAUCGAUUUUGGAGACAUUUGGUCGCCGCCACCUGAUACUCCUAUUUUUUAUGGGGAAAGUAGUAUUGAUAUUGAUAUUGAUAUUGAUAUAGCGUCAGUAUGGUCUCCUGAUCGACCUGAACAGCUACAGGUUGAGUCAGCGGUAGCUCCACCACUUGCAACGGUUGAAUCUACUCAAACGGAUGGAAAUGGAAAUGAAACUGUCGACUCAGAAGUGGCUCCAUCUCUUGCUGCAGCUGAAUCUACUAAAACGGAUGGAAAUGGAAAUGGAAAUGAAAAUGUCGACUCAGAAGUAGCACCACCACUUGCUGCGGUUGUAUCUAUUCAAACAGACUCAGUUGCUGUGGUUAAACCUAUUCAAACGGAUGAUAAUGGAAAUGAAGAUGUCGACUCCGAAGUAGCACCACCACUUACUGAUCGAAAGAGGUCACGGGGCUCGCAAGCUUGGGAUAACUUCGAUCUGGUUACAGAAGAUGGGAUAAGAUGGGUAAAAUGUAAACAUUGCCCAAAGAAGUAUAAAGGAUAUUCAAGUAAGAAAGGAACCUCAAACCUGUUAAAUCAUAUGCGAAAAUGUACUCAAAGUGGCGGAAAUGGUGACGGAGAUAAACCUGCUCAUGAAACAGGACGUACUAAAGCAAUCGCUGUUCUUAACAGAGAGGAAAACAAUGUGUUUGGGCCUCCACAGAAUCAUCCACCAUCUGCAACACAAAAUGUUGACAUUUACAAUGAGAAGAAGAAAGAGAUGCGGGAAAUUUUUAAUACAUUCUCAUCAGGUCUUUCCAGUAUAACAAUUAAUUUUUGGAAACCAGAUGAUACUAUAAUUUUCUGUUGUUUGACCCUGCACUUGAUUGAUGAUGGCUGGAAACUGAAGAAGAUGGUUCUUGAUUUUAAGAAAGUUACAAGGGAACCCAAAAGCGUUUGGGAUGCUGUUGACGCUCUUCAACGUAUGUUACUGGAAUGGAACAUUGGCAAAAAGGUGUGCUGCAUAACUGCAGCGCAUACUGAUAAGGAAGUUGUUGAGAUAGUUAACCAAGUAAAGCACCUGCUUUAUUAUGGUCGAGAUAGAAAAUUAUUUCAGAUUAAUUGCUUUGUACACAUUCUUGAUCUUCUUAUUAAAGAGGGAUUGCAGAAGGUAAGAGAUAUAUACAUUAAGAUGAAAAACCAUCUCUUUUGUUUUCGUGAUCAAAGUCCACAAAGCAGACAACUCUUUACAAAAGCAGUGGAAGAUGCGAGAUCAAAAGGCAUCAAAGUGACUUCUGAAGAUCUGCCUUCAGAUUUUCCAUUUAACUUUGACAUGCUUGGGAGGAUAUUGGGAUUAAGAGGAGUAUUUCUGGAGUUACUCGCCAUUAAUUCUGAUUACGGAAACUACCCAAUUACAGAGGAGCAGUGGGAUGAUGCUACUGUUAUUUACAAGUGUUUAGAACUGUUAAAUGAAUCUGCUCGGAGAUUUUCAGAAAGCAAAUGCCGUACCACAAAUGAGUAUUUUCCUGAAGUUUGCAACAUAUAUUUUAAACUGCAGGGCAUAUGGGAAGAAAAUUCCGAUUCAAAAAUACUUCAAUCAGUGGCACUUAAAAUGAAGGUGACAUUAAAAAUUUUUUGGGAUGAAAGUAUUGAGAGUUUAGCCAUCGCUGUUAUUCUUGAUCCACGGUUUAAAUUUGACAUUGUGAAGGGCUGGUGCAAGAAAAUACAUGGUCAAGAUGCUGAACAAGAAUGUAAAAGAAUUUAUGAUUCUAUUUUGAGGGUUUACAAGGAAUAUGCAGGUGGAAAUACUCUUGAUCAUUUAUACAUGCUGGACUCUCUGGGAAUGCCCUGCACAUCUUCAAAUGAUGAUAGUACAUCUUCAAAUGAUGAUAGUUUCAAUUCACAGAAAUCAGAACUUGAGAGAUAUUUAGAGGAUUCUAAACUUCCUCCAGUAAAAGAGUUUGAUAUACUGGAUUGGUGGCAUGUCGUUUCACUGAUGUAUCCUACACUUGCAAAGAUGGCUCGUGAUUUCUUAGCAAUACCUAUAUCAGCUGCCCAGUCGAAUCCCUCAUUCAAUGAUGAGGUUCUGAAGAUUAAUCAAGCCUUGGCUGACCAAGAUCCUGCCUUCAUUGAAGCUUUUGUAAACACACGUUACUGGUACAUGGCUUGA